CCUUUGCUCACGUGUCUCUUUGCCAGCUCCGCCCCGCACCGGAAGUUCCGGUGGCGGAUCGCCGACCGGGCGGAGCUGAUCGCUGCGCGGGCUGCGAGAUCUAGGUGGCCGGGCGCGGAGCCCAAGCCGUGCCGCGCGGCGCCAUGAAGGGCAAGGAGGAAAAGGAGGGCGGCGCGCGGCUGGGCACUGGUGGAGGCGGCAGCCCUGAUAAGAGCCCGAGUGCGCAAGAGCUCAAGGAGCAGGGAAACCGGCUCUUCGUGGGCCGCAAGUACCCGGAGGCGGCGGCCUGCUACGGCCGCGCCAUCACCCGGAACCCACUUGUGGCAGUGUACUACACCAACCGGGCCCUGUGCUAUCUGAAGAUGCAGCAGCCUGAGCAGGCACUUGCUGACUGCCGGAGAGCCCUGGAGCUGGACGGGCAGUCUGUGAAGGCGCACUUCUUCCUGGGGCAGUGCCAGCUGGAGAUGGAAAGUUAUGAUGAGGCCAUUGCCAAUCUGCAGCGAGCCUAUAGUUUGGCCAAGGAGCAGCGACUCAACUUUGGGGAUGAUAUUCCUAGUGCCCUUCGCAUUGCUAAGAAGAAGCGCUGGAACAGUAUUGAGGAACGGCGCAUCCACCAGGAGAGCGAGCUGCAUUCGUAUCUCACCAGGCUCAUUGCUGCUGAGCGAGAGAGGGAACUGGAAGAGUGUCAGCGGAACCACGAGGGUGAUGAGGAUGAUGGCCACAUUCGGGCCCAGCAGGCCUGCAUUGAGGCCAAGCACGAUAAAUACAUGGCCGACAUGGAUGACCUCUUCUCCCAGGUGGACGAGAAGAGAAAGAAGCGAGACAUCCCUGACUACUUGUGUGGCAAGAUCAGCUUUGAGCUGAUGCGGGAACCCUGCAUUACACCCAGUGGCAUCACCUAUGACCGCAAGGACAUUGAGGAGCACCUGCAGCGUGUGGGCCACUUUGACCCCGUGACCCGGAGCCCUCUGACCCAGGAGCAGCUCAUCCCCAACUUGGCCAUGAAGGAAGUCAUUGAUGCUUUCAUCUCUGAGAACGGCUGGGUAGAGGACUACUGAGACCCGGUGUCCUGCCUGGUACCCUGGCCCAGGAGGGUCUGGAGACGGAAGCUCCAGUCCCUGUAUAUAGUCCGUGUCCCUGGGCCUGCCCCAUCGGUCCUGCUGAUGGGUUCUGAACUGCUCCCCUUCUCGGCAUACCCCUUGCUGGGCUAUGAGCCUCCCUUGUCUCCCUUCUGGGCUGGAGAGCGGGUGAGGGUGGGCUGAGGUUGCUGCUGCUGCCACUGUCCUGUAAUAAAGUCUGUGAGCACUA